AUGUGGCGGCACAUGAGAUUCUGUGUGGGAGGUCUCUGCGAGACACCAAUGUGGCCAAGAUUGAGGACCUAUUCCGCAGCAUCAUGCGUGAUCCAUGAUGAAGAUCAUUGUGCAUGGUCGGCCAACGUCGCCACGUUUGUCUGGCAGGGGGAUGACCUGAAGAUCUUCAUGGGCUUGCUAGCUGAUCUCUUCCCCGGGGUAGAGGCAGACGUUCCCCGGGCGCGGGAUCACAGCUUCGAGAAGCUCUGUGUGGAGGUGAUGGAAUCUGACUUCGGCUUCACGAACGACCCCGAUGGGUAUCUGCUUCUGAAGAUCUCACAGCUCAUCGAACUCUUGGAGAUCCGGCACUCUGUCUUCUUGAUGGGCAAUCCGGGCAGUUUCAAGUCAUUCCUCUGGAAGGUCUUGAAGAACGCGAAGACCAAGCACGGGGAGAAGACCACUGUCGUGGACUUCAGCCCGAAAGCCAUCACUACAAACGAACUCUAUGGAAGCGUCAACAUGUACACCCGCGAGUGGAAAGAUGGCAUUCUCUCGAAGACGAUGCGCGACUUGGGGCUGAUUCCAGACACCCACCCAAAGUGGAUCAUGCUGGAUGGUGACCUCGAUGCCAACUGGAUCGAAUCCAUGAACAGUGUCAUGGAUGACAGCAGGCUGCUGACUCUUCCAUCCAACGAGCGAAUUCCACUGAAGAUGCACAUGAAGAUGAUUUUCGAGAUCCGCGACCUGAAUUAUGCAACCCCCGCUACGGCAACCAGAGCCGGCAUUGUGUGCAUGUCGGACAAAGAGGGCGUCCAGUGGCAAUGCUAUGUGCAGUCUUGGAUCAAGAAGUGCACGUAUCCAGAACCCUUCAAGGAACAGCUUGCAAUGCUCUUCGACAAGUACUGCUCCCCAACGCUCACGUGGAUACGGAAAUCUACCAAGAUCCAGGUUCCCUAUGUGGAGGUCGCGCUGAUCUCCUCGCUUUGCAGCCUCCUGGAUGCCCGCCUGCCAUCUCACAACUUGGAGGCCGUAGAAGCCUGGUUCGUCUUCUGCAUCAUCUUUGCGACCGGGAGUAGCCUCGCCGAAGUGGAUGGAGUUGACUACCGAAAAGCUUUCAGCAACUGGUGGAAGAAUGAAAUGAAGACCAUCAAGUACCCGACCAAGGGGUUGGUGUUUGACCUAUAUGUCCGUGAUUCAAGGUUAGAGGAAUGGAGCACUCUCGUCGAGCCUCUCCAGUACAGAAGCACAACACCAAUGGGAGAGAUCACCGUGCCGACCACCGAAACGGUCUGCCUUGACUACUUCAUGAAGGCCUUGAUCGAGGUCAGUCAUCCUGUGAUGCUCAUCGGCCUGGCUGGUUGUGGCAAGACGCAGUCCUGCACGGGUCUUCUGAAGAGGCUGGACCAUGAGGUGUUUAUGGGCUACAAGAUGAAUAUGAGCUAUUACACAGACUCCACCAUGCUCCAGACGAUGAUGGAGAUCCCACUGGAGAAGAAGGCGGGCAAGCUCUACGCUCCCCCGGGCAAGCUUCAAAUGAUCUACUUCAUUGAUGAUUUGAACAUGCCAGCAUUGGACAAAUACAACACCCAGUCUGCCAUCGAGUUGAUCAAGCAAAAGCAGGACUACAACCACUGGUACGAUCGGGUAAAGAUCCAAGUCAAGGACAUCGGUGGCACCCAGUACCUUUGCUGCAUGAACCCGACUGCGGGAUCCUUCACUGUGAAUCCGCGGCUGCAGCGGCAUUUCUGGACCAGCUCAGUCCAAUUUCCAGAACAGAAUGCCUUGAACUUGAUCUACUCGACCUUCAUGAAAGGCCACUUCGAUACGCUGUCAUUCAAGGUGCCAGUGCAAGAGAUUUCCAAUUGGGUCAUCAAAGCAGCCCUCAGCUUCCACACCCAGGUAAGCGCCAACUUCAGAAAGACUGCGCAGAACAUGCACUACGAGUUCAAUAUCCGGCACAUGAGCGGCGUCUUUUCUGGGCUGCUCAAGGCGAAGCCAAGCGAGUUCAUGGAUGCAGAGAAGCUUGUUCUGUUGUGGAUUCACGAAAGCGAAAGAAUCUACGGCGACCGCUUGGUGUGCAUGGCCGACCUGAAGAAGCUGCGACAGCUCACGGAAAAGAUCGCCAAGCAGAUGUUCUCGAAACACAAUCUGCAGAAGUACUUCCAGGAGAAGAAUCCGGAGCCCAUCAUCUUUGCACCCUUCUCCAAGGGGCACCACAACAUGGAAGACGGCGGCGUCUAUGACAAGAUCAAGGACAUGGAGCGCCUGUCGCAGAUUCUUCAGGAGGCCAUGAAAGACUACGACGCCACCUUCCCCUCCAUGGAUCUAGUCUUGUUCGAGGACGCCAUGAAGCACGUGGCCCGCAUCAGCCGUAUCAUCUCCAGCCCCUCGGGCCAUCCGUUGCUGGUGGGCGUCGGUGGCAGCGGACGGCAGAGCCUGAGUAGGCUGAGUGCGUUCAUCUGUCAGGCUCUGACGCACAUGAUUGUCAUCACCAGCUCCUACGGCCUGAACGACCUGAAAACCGACCUUCAGUACAUGUACAAGAGGGCGGGUGAAAAAGACGAGGGGGUCAUGUUCCUCUUCACAGACAACCAGAUUGCGGACGAGAGGUUCUUCGUGUUCUUCAAUGACUUGCUCUCAUCCGGGGAGAUCACAGACUUGUAUCCCAGCGAGGACUACAAAUAG